AUGUCUAAUUCAGUAUUGGCUUGGGCACUUACACUCCUUACCACAUCAUCAACCCUCGUUUCCGGCCUCAAGUACACCGCGAGCGAAGUCGAUUACAACCUCAACACCAACAGAUUAGCAAAGAGCCCUGCCGAAUACUCGGGAAAGAGAGAUGGCCACACAUUCACAAAAUCACCCCCCAACUGGCGGUUUCCCUACUACACGUUAUUCAUCGAUCGAUUCGUAAAUGGCGACCCCGAUAACGACAAUGCCAACGGCACACUCUUCGAACAUGAUAUCAUGAGUAACCAGCUCCGUCAUGGAGGAGAUUUGGCGGGCCUCGUCGAUACGUUGGAUUACAUCCAGGGCAUGGGUAUCAAGGCACUCUACAUUGCUGGCUCACCCUUCAUCAACGACCCGUGGAAGGCGGAUUCAUACUCGCCCCUCGACCUCACUCUCCUCGACAAGCACUAUGGUAACAUCACGGCGUGGCAAGAAGCCAUUGAUGAGAUUCACAAGAGAGGGAUGUAUGUGGUCAUGGACCAGACUAUGGCAACCAUGGGUGAUUUGAUCGGCUUCGAAGGAUACCUCAACACGUCCACUCCAUUCUCAACUUCGGAGCACAAGGUUCAGUGGAAGACAUCCAGAAGAUACCUCGACUUCGACAUCGGCAACGAAUACAAUGACUCCUGCACGUACCCGACUUUCUGGUUUGAGGACGGAAACAAGGUCGACGUCUCUUCUCAGCUGAAAGGCUGCUACGACAGUGACUUUGAUCAGUUCGGUGACAUUGAGGCUUUCGGUGUUUUCCCUGAUUGGCAGCGUCAAUUGGCAAAGUUCGCCUCCGUGCAAGAUCGUCUGCGUGAGUGGGUUCCCUCAGUUCGCCAGCGUCUUGAGCUCUUCUCCUGCAUGACCAUUCAAACCCUCGAUAUCGAUGGAUUCCGUAUCGACAAGGCUGUUCAGGUCACAGUCGACGCCCAGGCUGAGUGGAGUACUGCCAUGCGAAAGUGUGCAAAGGAUCUCGGCAAGGAAAACUUCAUGGUCGUCGGUGAAAUUACCAGUGGUAACACUCUGGGAUCUAUCUACCUGGGGCGUGGCCGAACCCCCUCCAUGGCCUCCGCACUUGAGCUUUCCGACGCCACAACAUUGGAUUCAAACAGCUCUUCCACCUCUGGCAGCUUCAUUCGUGAGCAAGGCAAGAGCGCCCUCGACGCUGGCGCGUUCCAUUACUCCAUUUACCGAUUCAUGACCCGCUUCCUCGGUUUGAGCGGUCAUCUCGAGGCCGGCUACGAUCUGCCGACCGACUGGGUUCAGACCUGGAACCAGAUGAUUCUCACCAACGACUUCUACAACGCCAACACUGGAGAAUUCGACCCCCGUCACUUGUAUGGUGUCACUAACCAGGACGUUUUCCGCUGGCCCGCCAUUGAGAAGGGAACUGAGCGCAUGCUGCUCGCCUACUUCAUCACUACCCUGCUUCUGCCUGGUGCUCCGCUUGUCUACUAUGGCGAGGAGCAGAACUUUUAUGUUUUGGACAACACCGCCGAGAACUACGUAUUCGGUCGUCAGGCCUUCUCGGCCGCCCAGGCAUGGAAGGCACACGGAUGCUACGCGGGCAACAACUCCGUCUACGUCGGCUGGCCCGUCACCAAGGGUAAGAAGGGCUGUGAGGACGAGACUGUCGCGUACGACCACCGUGAUCCCUCGGCCUCGGUACGCAACUGGAUGAAGCGCUUGUUCUCUUUCCGCGACAAAUAUCCCGUUCUUGAGGGUGGCUGGCUCCUUGAGCAGCUCUCCAACAAGACUCAUGGCGUCUUGUACUCGGGCAGUCCCACUGCGACCGAGACCGGAAUCUGGAGUGUCGCGCGUGGGUAUAUGAGCAACCAGAACAAGACUGAUGACCCGGUUUGGCUGGUAUACCACAACAGCCCCAACGAGACUACCUACGAGUUCGACUGUAGCAAUGAGGCAGAUGCGUUCCUCUCGCCCUUCGACGGCAACACCAAGGUCAGAAACUUGUUCAGCACCGAUGCCUCUAUCACCCUCGAGAGUUCGACAAAGGAGAACGGCUUCAAGGGAGCGGGUCACAAGGCCGGCUGCCUCAGCAGCAUCACCAUGACGCCUUUCGAGUUCCGCGCUUACGUCGCUGAUACCGAGUGGAUGGAGAUUGCUUCUUCCAUUACCGGUUUCGAGCCUGGCCAUGACACGCCCAUCGACUCCACCGAUGCCAACGGAAAGAUUCCCAUCGCUUUCAAGUUCUCGACCGAGAUGACUUGCGCCGACGUCACCAAGGCCGUUUCUGCCUACGUCAACGUCGACGCCAACACCCAGACAAACAUCACAUUCGAUACGCCUGUGUGCGGUGCUAUGGAUCCCAUUGAGAAGGAGUCGUGGACGGGCGCUAUUGCUUCAGUCUGGAAGUGGUCUGCCAACCUCCAGAACGUCCCCGAUGGCAUUGUCAAGAUCACCGUCGACGGAGUCACAAACACUACGGAUCACUUCCUCCUCCGCUUUGGCAAGCCCAUCAACCCUGUUGUUUUCCCCGCUUCCGCCAACUACUCGCGCUCUCUGAUGCAGCAAAGCGGCACUGAAUACUUCAUCAACCAUGCCGCCCCUGGUGCUAACAAGUGGCGCUACAGCACCAACUGGGGUUCUUCCUGGAGCAGCUGGAUGCCCUACACUGGUGCGAGGCAGCGCAUGGUCCCUCAAGCCUGGGAGGGUACCGAUCUCCAGAAGUGGGAGGGUGAACAUCUCAUGGUUCAGUACUUCAGCAAGCCCCUUGGUUCGUCGUCUUUUAUCCAGCAUGCGGACAACAGUGUCAUCCCCUUCUCGCGUCGCUUCCCCCACAUUUUCCUCCACGGACCCUUUAACAAGUGGGGUUACGAUGCUGGCCUGCCUAACCUGAUGACCCAAGUCGGCGACAACAUGUGGGAGCUUCACUUCAUGUACGAAUGGCCCGCCCAGAUCCAGCUCAACCUCUGGGGCAUCAACCCGGACAACCAACCUGAUGCGUCCUUCAUUUACGGCGACCCCAACGGCGAUGGUGUCCUUGAUCGUCUGCCCCCAAGCAGUUUGUCCGACAACGUCGUGAACCUGACUUCGCCGCCUCCGAUGCCUGCGCUCUCCUACAAGCUGGUUCUCAACGACGCCAACUGGAACUACGUCGCCGUUCCCCAAGGAAACAUGUGGAUUCAGAUUGUCUUCUUUUUCCUCCUCGGUCUCAUGCCCAUUAUCCUGGCUGGACUGGCCGGCUGGAUCUAUAUGAAGGGAUUCUACCAAGUUAAGAUUAACAAAUCAGGAUUCUCCAAGAAGGGUUGGUUACCACUCAAGCUCGGGAAUGAGUCCAACAUUAACUUCGGCGAAAAAGGCAAAAGUCUCGAGAUGUCCCAAAUUCCUCCGUCGCCAACCGUCACGCCAGCUGCCGUUGCAGCCACCGGUGGCGCCCCCCGAAGGAAGGUCCUCAUCGCCACCAUGGAGUACAACAUCGACGACUGGAAGAUCAGUAUCAAGAUCGGUGGUCUUGGUGUCAUGGCCAAGCUCAUGAGUCAAGCUCUCUCCCACGUGGACCUGAUCUGGGUUGUCCCUUGCGUUGGCGACGUCGACUACCCCAUGGACCACGAAGCCGAACCGAUGUUCGUUGAAGUCAUGGGCGACUCCUUCGAGGUUAAGGUCAACUACCACGUCUACAAGAACAUCACGUACGUCCUCCUCGAUGCUCCCAUCUUCCGCCAGCAAACCAAGGCCGACCCCUACAUCGCGCGUAUGGACGAUCUCGAGAGUGCCAUCUUGUACUGCGCCUGGAACAGCUGUAUUGCCGAAUCCAUCAAGCGCUUCAACGCCGACAUCUACCACAUCAACGAUUACCACGGAGCUGCUGCUCCUCUUUACCUCCUCCCGCAGACUAUCCCCGUCUGCUUGUCACUUCACAAUGCCGAGUUCCAGGGCAUGUGGCCCAUGAGAACCGAAGAAGAGCAAAAGGAAGUCUACAGUGUCUUCAACCUUCCCGCCAAGGUCGUCAAGGACUACGUUCAGUACGGUUCCGCCUUUAACCUGUUGCACGCCGCCGCCAGUUACCUUCGUAUCCAUCAGCGCGGUUUCGGUGCCGUCGGUGUGUCUAAGAAGUACGGUGACCGUUCUUUGGCCCGUUACCCCAUUUUCUGGAGUUUGAAGAACAUUGGUCAGCUGCCCAACCCUGAUCCUUCCGAUACUGGAGAAUGGAACCCCGAGGAAGAUAUCAGCAACUCCACCGACGAGAUCAAGAUCGACGAGACCUUCGAAGCCAACCGCGCUACCCUCAGAAGACAAGCUCAGGAGUGGGCCGGUCUCGAUGUGAACCCCAACGCGGAUCUCUUCGUCUUCGUCGGUAGAUGGAGUUUGCAAAAGGGUGUCGAUCUGAUUGCCGAUCUGUUCCCCAGCAUUCUCGAGAAGUACCCCUCUGUCCAGCUUAUUGCUAUUGGCCCUGUCAUCGACUUGUACGGCAAGUUUGCCGCCCUCAAGCUGGCUAAGCUCAUGGAGAAGUACCCUGGCCGUGUUUUCAGCAAGCCUGAGUUCACUCAGCUGCCUCCCUACAUUUUCAGCGGUGCUGAAUUCGCUCUUAUCCCCUCUCGUGACGAGCCCUUCGGUCUUGUCGCCGUCGAGUUCGGUCGCAAGGGUGCCUUGGGUGUUGGUGCCCGUGUUGGUGGCUUGGGCCAGAUGCCUGGCUUCUGGUUCACCGUUGAGUCGAUGAGUCCCCAGCAUUUGCUUCACCAAUUCAAGCAGGCCAUUGCUUCAGCUCUUGCUUGCAAGCCUAGAAAGCGUGCUCUCAUGCGCGCAUGGAGUGCCAAGCAGCGUUUCCCCGUGGCGCAAUGGAUCAGACAACUCGACACUCUGUACAACGACUCUAUCAAGGUUCACAACAAGGAGGCUGCCAAGCAGAAGAAGGCUGGCGGCAUUCGCAACCUUACCGACUCUUCCUUGAGAUCAAGCAUUGCCGUCAGCGAGUACGGUGCUGAGCUCACUCCUACUGGCUCGAGAGCUCCCUCUCCUCUCCCGCCGCCGAGCCGUAUCGCUAGCCCCGCGGGCCGCCUCAACUCUCCCGACCUCCAGACACCCAACAUGCCGUGGUCGACGAUCUCCUCUUCCCGUCGCAGCUCUUUCUCGAGCUCUAUCGGUGGCCGUGACAGCAUGCUUGCGCCCCGCGACAGCAUGUUUGCCAGCGGUCGUGAGAGUAUGGUCAGUGUUGACAGCUUCGCGAUUCGCGCCCAGAAUGACGUCUCCUCUCCUCAGACUCCCGGCUUCGGCGACGCUCUUGGCCUGCCCCAGCCGAGUUUCUACAAGCAGCAGCGCAACAGCUCUCAGCUGUCUCUGCCCGAUGUCGUCGGAGAUCGCCAUGACCUCAAGCUGCAAAAUGUGGACCAGAACUUCACUGAUAAGAACGGAGAGUUCUACGCCGAGUUCGAACAGAUGCUUAACAAGCUUACAGCCAAGAACUCGGGCACAGACCUUUGCAUCGAAAACUACCUCAAGAAGAGUGAGAAGAAGUGGUUCGCAAGAUACAGAGACGCCAAGCUCGGCCGCAGAGAUCACAGCAGGUCAAGAAGCCCUGCGCCUGGCAGCCGCCCUGGCUCCAGCAAGGGACUCGGUGCCAAGUUCGAUGUCGACGAGCGUGGCCGUAGUCGCACCCCUAGCGGACUCACCGGAGCGUCCCGCUACGAUGACAGCCCCGUCGACGACGAGUUCCUCCUUGGCGACAACUACAACGCGCCUACUGGUCUCAAGAAGAUCCUGUCCAUUCGCAUUGGCGACUGGCCCAUCUACGCCUUCUUCCUCGCUUUCGCCCAAGUUAUCUCCAUCAACUCGUACCAGAUUGUUCUGCUCACGGGUGACACAAACCAGACGCCUCUGAAGCUUUACAUCGUUGCCGCUACGUACCUAGUAACAUCAGCCCUGUGGUGGAUCCUGGUGCGCUUCACCAAGUCCGUUUACGCCUUGUCUCUGCCCUGGGUCUUCUUCGGCCUCGCUUUCGCCCUCCUGGGAAUCUCGCCUUACCUGACUCCUUGGCAAGCCAGCGCUGCUAUGCAAGACGCCGCCACUGCCAUCUAUGCAGCUGGCGCCAGCGCUGGUGCUCUGUCAUUCGCACUCAACUUUGGUGACGAAGGUGGUGCUCCCACGAAGCAAUGGAUUACUCGUGCCUUGGCCGUCGCUGGUGUUGCCCAGGUCUACUCCCUGAUGCUCUGGUACUGGGGAUCUCUUACUCACACCCCAGAGACUUCCCCGUUGGCCUUCUUCGACGGUACCAAUAUAUCCAAGGGUAUUGUCGUCUGUAUUCCCAUCGCCAUCAUGCUCUGGUCCAUCGGUCUUGUCCUGUUCUUCGGUCUUCCUGACUACUACCGCCAGGCGCCCGACAACAUCCCCGGCUUUUACAUCUCUCUCGCCCGCCGCAAGCUUGUACCCGUCUUCUUCAUCAUGAUCAUCAUCCAGAACUACUGGCUCUCGGCGCCUUACGGCCGCAACUGGGGUUUCCUCUUCGCCUCGCAGUUUAUCCCUGGAUGGGGUGUUGUCCUUCUCGCCCUUGGAUUCUUCGUCGUCCUCUGGUCCAUCAUCCUCUACGUCUUCUCCUUCUUCUCCGAGAGCCACACAUGGCUUCUGCCAAUCUUCGCCAUCGGCCUGUGCGCUCCUCGUUGGGCGCAGAUGCUUUGGGGUACCAGCAGCAUGGGCAUGUACCUUCCCUGGGCUGGUGGCCCUGUUGGCUCGGCCAUCCUGUCUCGCUGCCUGUGGCUGUGGCUUGGCCUCUUGGACAACAUCCAGGGUGUCGGUCUGGGUAUGAUGCUGCUCGCGACGCUGACUCGCCAGCACGUGUUGGCCGUCCUCAUUGGCGCACAAAUCGUGGGCAGUGCCUUCACGAUGCUGGCGCGCGCGACGAGUCCCAACGCUCUCUCGCCCAACACCACCUUCCCUGAUUUCUCCCAGGGCCUGAUGCCCGGAGUUUCAAGUUACUGGUUCUGGAUCUGCCUGGGCUUCCAGCUGGUGAUCCCCAUCCUCUUCUUCAAGUUCUUCAGAAAGGAGCAGGUAUCAAAGCCUUAA